AUGGAUUCUGCGUCUACCUCUCCUCUUACGAUAUCUCAUGCCCACUCCAAAUUUGUGCACUACACAGUUAUCAUCAUCAGUCAGAUUUUUAUCCUGGCAUUUGGAUACGGAUUCCUCGGUGCAGUUGCCUACUAUGAGUACCUUGCUCCAUCUGAUCCAGUCUGCGAGUUGAUGAGGAGCUAUCCUGGAGAGGUAACGAUGCUGGUCACAUUGAUAGCAACUGUCCUAUCAGUCAUCACUGCUACUCUUUUCACGCUUUCGGUCAAAGAGGCACUAAGACAUCGGAUAUGCCAGCCCAUUUCUCUAAUCCAACUGAGCGCUGGUAUCGCUUUGGCACAGGGCUCUCAUAUUCUGAACCAUCGACACAUGAUAUUGACGGUCUUCACACUGUUUGUAUUUGGGGUGCUGAAGCUCUUGACGGCCGGGUGGACAACCCUCUUGACACCGACCUACUUCAUGUGGCCAGUACAGAUGAAUGGAUCCGAAAUCGACAUAACUGGAAGCGCGUUUGCCACCUUGCUCCGAGAAGAAUUCCUGGCAAGUGGUCUCAGUAUGUAUCUCUACUCCAGUUACCGAGUCAACGAUGCUUUCGAAGUUCUCGAUAUCGGUGGAAUGCUCAGUGGAGUUGCUGCUGCAGGGUUUACCUUCGGACUUCCCGGGACAUUCAAUUUUAAUGGUGCAAAAUACAACAUAUCCACUCAGGGGGUCGUGCCUACCAUUGAGGCAUUUUCCGGCUCGGAUGGAAUUCCGGAUGCUGAUGGUACUCGUCUCGGGUUUUCCGGUGGAAAUAUCACGGUCAACACAGGAGUUGUACCCGGAUCACACUCCAGCGUACCUAUUCCCCAAGGUUUCAGCACGAAUUAUUCCAUGUGGCAACAAGGGUUAACGGCGAAUGUCAGCUGCCAGGCCAUUGACUCGAGUCAAACGCAAUACCUUUGGAACACGAAUAACUCUUACAUCAUCUAUACCAACCCAGCUGCUUCGAGCAACAACUCCAUCACUGGCCUUCGCUUGUGGAAUGUCAGUGCAAUCUGCAAUAUCUCGACAGCGUACGAAUAUGUGACCAUGGUGGAUGCAAAUGGAAAUGGAAACUUAUCAGGGAAUGGCUUUCUUCCAUCUGUUGUGUGCCUAGGACCGACGGAUACGAACCAAACUUAUACAAGCUUCACCAUUUUUACGCAAGGGUUUUACAAGUACGAUUUCCUUAAAGCAAGCGUGUGCGAAGUGGUUCCCCUGUUGACCACAGUCCGCGCCGAUUAUUCCAACGACCAAAUUUCUUCUGAGGUCAUCUCAUUCGCUCCCUUCCAGUCAGAGAAUGUCGAGCUACUGUCAUUUAUCACUGGAGUUGCUAAAUAUCAGUCGAUCAACUCUCAGGGACUUACGAGCAGCACGAUUGGGGAUACCUUGUAUUCCAUCUAUUCCUCGACUACUACCGAACGCAUCAAUAACAAUCUCAAUGACACGCAGGUUUACCUUGAGCUCGAGGAUUACUGGCGUGGUGUUGUUGAGUUUUCUGCCACGUUUCUUCGCUCCGGGUUUAUGGCUACAGGCAGCUUCCCCGAUAAUAUCAUCCCGAAUAACAUCUCUUCCCCAGUCAACGGGACGAUGUUCAUAUCGACAAUAGGCUGGACUCGCUGGACCAAGAACUCACCGACGUAUCUGCUCGCUACAGUGCCGCUCACCAUCAUCACCAUCCUCACUUUCGCCUGCGCAUUGUACAGUCUUCUGGAGGCUUUGGAAGAGCAUCACAAGCACACUCACAAGGCGCACUUCAACGUGUCAAACACAAUUCAUCUCGUUAUGCUAUGCGCUGCUGGAAGUCUCAAACUGGCAGAUUUCGGCCAUAGCAAAGGAAUGAAGACAAAUGAGGUUGUGAAGGUUCACCUGGAGGAACCCCGCCACUCCCCCCGGCUCUCAAAUUCUGUGGGAGAAGGGAAACAUGAAGGGGAUGCAUGA